AUCAAGGAAUGUGCGCAGUGAAGCCCUGUUAAAUAAAUCAUCUUUUAAUUCAACCUUUGUUCAUUCAAAGUGCAACUGUGCUUACCUUUAGCAGUUCAGAACAUGACAUACCAGAGAUCAUUCUGAGGACUGUGCACUAUAUGUGCAGAAAUGAUGUCACUUCAUCCCAGAGAAUGCACACUGGCUAGAAAAGAUGGUGAAAACUAUGGAUUCUGCCUACGCAUUGAGAGAUUCAAAACAGGGCAUCUUAUCCGAAAUGUAGAAAAGGAUAGUCCAGCUGAGAAGGCAGGACUAAAAGAUGGAGACAGAAUCCUGAAGAUUAAUGGAGUGUUUAUAGAUAAGGAAGAUCAUGGAGAGGUGGCUGAUUUAAUUAGAAAAAGUGUCACUCCUGUAUUAUUCCUUGUUUUGGAUGAUCAUUCUUAUGAAAGUGCAUUAAAAGAAGGAAUCAGUCUUGAAGAGUUGGCUGAAAAGUCACCAAACCAAGAACAGACAGAAGAUCUCCAACUUGUGCAAUCUGAAGAAUCGGGUACAGCUCCACAACCCCAUCUCUGUUAUCUAAUUAAGGAAAAAAAUAGCUAUGGUUUCUCUUUGAAGUCUUCUACAGGACAGAAAGGUCUGUUCAUUGUAGAUUUGACCCCACAGGGUCCAGCUAUGAAAGCUGGAGUGCAGCCAAAUGAUCGCCUUAUAGAAAUCAACGGAGAGAAUGUGGAGAACAGUACACACGAAGAAGUAGUUGAGAAGGUGAAAAAGUCUGGGAAUCAGGUUGUGUUUCUACUGUUAGAUAAAGAAACUGACCAGUAUUACUACAGGCGGAAUAUGGAAUUGACAAGGGGAAAGGCCAGUCUGAAAUUAUUACCUCACAAACCCCGAAAUAUUGAGCUCAAAAAGGGGAAUACUGGUUAUGGAUUUUACCUGAGAAUGGAGCAAAAUGGCAAAGGCCACUUGAUUAAGGAUAUUGAUUCAAACAGCCCUGCAGCUAAAGCAGGUCUCAGGGACAAUGAUAUCUUGGUUGCUGUAAAUGGAGAGCCAGUUGAAGCACUGGACCAUGAAGCUGUGGUAGAGAAAAUCAGACAAUCUGGUGAAAACACAACACUACUAGUGGUGGAUGAAGAGACUGAUACCAUGUAUAAAAUGGCUAAAAUAUCUCCUUGUCUCUACUGCCAUACAAUACUGGAGCCACAUCUGAGCAUUGCAAAGGUACCCAUGCAUGCUGAGGAAGAAAAUCACAAGCCCAGGCUCUGUAAACUCAUAAAAGGUCUCACUGGAUUCGGCUUUCGAUUGAAUGCCAUUAACAAUAUACCUGGAGUGUUCAUCAAAGAGGUAAAAAAGGAUGGGCCUGCCGAUAUAGCAGGGCUGCAAGAUGAUGACAUCGUGAUAGAAGUGAAUGGUACCAAUGUAGAGAAUGAAGAGUAUGAAAACGUGGUAGCAAGAAUCCAAGAGAGCGGUAACAGUCUGACACUAUUGGUGUGUGACAAAAAGGCUUAUCAGCACUUCUGCUCCCAAAAGAAGGCUGUUACAGCCUCCAUGGCUGACCCAUUAAGUGACAGCCAUGAUGAGCCUCCUGCCUAUGCAGAGAUACAAGCAACAGAGCCAGAAAAUGCGCUGCCAGGACCACGAGAAAGGGGGCAGAUCACAAAGGAGAAGCAGCAGGGGGCUGGGAGUCAGGCCAGCUCAUCCUCCUCCUCUGAAGAUACUGAACUGUAAUGAUAGCAGAGUCCAUCUUUUUCCAUAUUGUACCUGAAAGGGGCUACUAUUCUGAAGCAAAUAUGCCAAUACUGUUAUUAUUUCUCAAAAAAACCCUUGACAGUAAUCCUAUAAUACUUACUUGAAACCAAGUCACACUGAGAAUUACUUCCAAAUGAAUGUACUGAAAAUAAUAUAGCUAAGCUGUUCUCAAGAGUACAUAGUCUACCAUACCACACUGGAGGCAAAAAGUCUCGGGAUUAAUUUCAGCCAAAGACAGUUUUAGAGAACAGUACUAAGUCAGUACAUGAUACCGAGUUCUUGUCCUUCAUUCCUCAGUGUGCGGGUGUUUAAAAUGGGGGCAGAGAUGCGAUUUGGAUAUAAAAAUAGAUGGUCUGAACCAAGUUUUUUUUUCCAUGUUAAUUUGAACAUGAGUAAAAUCUCUGCAACCGGAGGGUUUUUUCAGAAAUUAGUCAUGCGAAGUGAAAUCACAAUGAGAAUUCAAUUGUAUGAAUUGAAUACUGUAACAAUUAAAACUAAAAUAUAUUGCAUUUAUUGCGAUAUUUUUGUCAACUGCAUCUAAUUUUAAUUAAUCUUGUAGCCGAGCAUUAGGUUCUGCAAAGAAACUAAAAACUAGCUACUCAUUAGGAUUCCUAGUUCUGAUAGAUGCUGAGUUUAAAAAUACCGUAGUUUCAUUUUAUCGCCUCUAUGUUUAAAAUGUUGUUGUGAGUGACAAUAGGAAGAAAAAGGAGUAUUAGGUAUGUUCUCUUCUUCGAGUUAUACAAAUAAUAAAGAUGGUAAAUAAAUAACUCAACAGUCAGUUUGGAUUCCACAUAUAGCUUCUGGUUUACCAGCUAACACGUCAGAGCACAUUAUUCCAAUUUCACUCACUUGUUCCACCCACGAGCAGACUGCUCCAACUUAUUUAAUGCAAGUGCCAAUCUUGCUCCCCAGUAUCACAAGACUGGGGCACUGAAUUUUAGUAGCAAAUGACCAAACUUCAGCAGCACAAUUUCCCUUCUCAUCCCCAGCUCCUUCCACCUCAAAUUCAAGAUAAAAAUUAGAAUUAGAAAUUCUUUCCUUCCAGUGAUGUUGCCCUAUUACGCAUUUCCUGCUGUAGUUUUUUUUUAAAAGCUGAGAAGUUAAAUUGUUGCAGCCAACCCUUUCAAUAUUGCCCAAUGCCAAUUCAAUUGAUCAAACCACAGCAGUUCUGAACAGUCCUAUAAAAGAAGCCAAGAACCAACCAAAGCUGUAUAGGUUUUUGUUGUGAAUUUGCAAGCAAAUGCUUGAGUGUAACAUUCAGAGUUGCCUUUUUUGUGAAAGAAUAAUGAAGACAAGAGGUUCUUUAGUAGUAAUUAUUUUUUUAAAAAAAUCAAGAUUUUUCCAAUGGUUAAGAUAACCCAAAUAUGUACAGUCUUGGUUGAUGUUUCAGUGUCAUUCUUUCAGCACACCCCAUUCCUUUUGCUCAUCUGCAUAGAGGAUAGAAAAUGCUGCUGCGGUCCCAAUUCCAAAGCUUUCUUGACCUUUCUAAUGCCAACAACAUAGAGAGGUGUUUCUUAAAACAUUUUUUCUUCACAACCCUUCCCCAUUUUGAAAAAAUUAUGGGGGACCCGAAAAUCACGUUUGUGUAUUUUUUUUAAAAAAAAAUUAUUGUAUAUUGGUCUUCCAGUCAGUUGACUCCCAACAACUGCCAGGACAAGUCCCUUAAAUUUACUUGGUGGGAUUUUGGAAGUAGUUUGCCACUGCUUGCUUUCUAAGGUGAGCCAGCAUGACUGGCCCAAGGUCACCUCACUGGCUUUCAUACUUAAGGCAGGACUAGAACUCAAUAAUCUCCCAAUUUCUGGCCUGGUGCCUUAAGCACUACAACAAAACUGGCUGUCAAUAUUUACCAAAUUAAAAUUUUGACAAUUUGCUGCUACUGCUGCUUCUACUAUUGUUUGAUGGAAUUUUAAUAUUGUAUUAUUUUUCAACGUAGACUGGCAAAUAAUUUUGAUUUUGUGGACCCGAGAGGAGCUGGAGGAUACCAUGCAUCCUUAGGAACACAAUUUUAAAAACACUGAUCUAGAUACUGAAGCCAGUACCAAGUCCUGGCAAUAUUUCCUUACCAACCAAGCAAAAGAUAGUACUGAUAGUAUAAAGUAAGACUGAUAGAUUCUCUUCAGUGCCCCAUAUAUCAAAUUAUUAUCAAGAUAUUUAACUCCCCUGCAUUCUUCAUUUUACAUAUUGUACUUUCAUGUUUGCACAGGGUUUUGCUUGAAAAAAAUUAAAAGAAAUUUCAACUGCUAAUUACUUCCUCACUUGCUGUAAACACCUGUCUGAUAUCCAUAAAUAAAGUGGAUUUCUUUAAAAUACA